UGGUGCUAUCCUCUGAUACUUAUCCUAAGUAUAUCUUAAUACCAUCAAGCUUGGCGAUGAACAUUCUACACUCGACGCUAUCAACCUGGCGAGACCGUCUGGCGCCUGUCUCGCGCACCUCGACCUUCCGGACGACAGGCCAGAUCACGCCCGAAGAGUUUGUCCUCGCCGGUGACUACCUUGUGUACAAGUUCCCGACAUGGUCGUGGGCGGACGCCUCAUCGCCGGCGAAGCGAGUCUCGUACCUGCCUGCUGGGAAACAGUUCCUCGUCACCCGCGGGGUCCCCUGCCACCGACGCCUGAACGACAACUUUGCCGGCGACGCGGGCUUGGAAGAUGAAAUCGUCAAGGAUAUGCUAUCUGGUGGGAGUGGAGGGGUGGACGGCGAUCCCGACGGCGAUGGCUGGUUGCGUACCGGCGGCGGCAGGGAGACGGCCGACACGACCAGUAGCCAGGAGGAGGCCCGGAUCCGCGAUGUGCGCACCGUCGACGAGGCAGGAAAUAUGGGUGAUCGGGAAGAGGAGGAGGAAAUCCCCGACAUGGAGGACGAAGAUGACGAUGAGGAGGCUAUUAUUCGUGAACCGGCCGGAACAACUCAACCUCUCCGCACCUAUACCCUGUACAUCACGUACGCCAACUUCUACCGUACCCCACGCCUGUAUUUAUCUGGCUACCUGAGCCCGUCGGAACCGCUUCCCCCCGCGCUAAUGAUGGAAGACAUAGUGGGUGACUACAAGGACAAGACCGUCACGCUGGAGGACUUCCCCUGGUUCGACGGGUCGGUCAAGAUGGCGACCGUGCACCCCUGCCGCCACGCGAGCGUGAUGAAGACGCUGCUCGAUCGCGCGGACGCGGCGCUCAAGAUCCGUCGGGAGAAACUGGCUCUCGCGCAAUCGUCUGAGCAGCGCGCCGCGGCGUCGAGCGGCCUGGAGGGAUUGGUCGACGACACCAACGCUUUAUCUUUGGAUCAAGGCACUAACAACAACACCACCACCACCACUCCUACUACUAAAGGCGAGGAUUGGGAGGUUCUCCAGCAUGACCAUGACGAGGACGAGGUUGCCAUUCGUGUGGAUCAGUAUCUGGUUGUUUUCCUCAAGUUUAUUGCUAGCGUGACGCCGGGGAUUGAGCAUGACUUCACGAUGGGUGUUUGAUUAAACUGGCUAGUUUUAUCUAUUUAUUUUACGACCAUGACUAUCUAUUAUCAGCACAAGCAUACGAAAUCAAGUAAGAACAAGAACA